UCCUCCUCCCGCCGCUCCGCUCCGCUCCGCUCCGCUCCGCUCCGACCCGCCCAGCCCGGCCCGGCCCGGCCCCGGCCCCGGCCCCCGGCUCCUCCAGCCUCCCCUGCCGCCGGGGCCGGGCUGCGCUCCGCGGGGCGGCAGGAUGCUGCCCCCGUCCCGCACGCAGCUCGGGCUCUUCUUCAUCCUGCUCUGCCCGGCCAACAUCAUCGGGCUCUGGUGGGCGGUGGGCAGCCCGCUGGUCAUGGACCCCAACAGCAUCUGCCGCAAGGCGCGCCGGCUGGCGGGGAAGCAGGCCGAGCUGUGCCAGACGGAGCCCGAGAUCGUGCAGGAGGCGGCGCGCGGUGCCCGGCUGGGCGUGCGAGAGUGCCAGCACCAGUUUCGUUUCCGGCGCUGGAACUGCACCAGCCACAGCAAGUACUUCGGCCGCAUCCUGCAGCAGGAUAUCCGGGAGACAGCCUUUGUGCAUGCCAUUACGGCGGCGGGCGUGAGCCACGCCAUCACGCAGGCCUGCAGCAUGGGCGAGCUGCUGCAGUGCGGCUGCGAGGCCACGCGAAGCCGAGCGCCGCCCGUGCCCCGGCCCCGGCCCCGGCCCCUGCCCCCUCCCCAGCCCACGGCCGGCCCCGCGCCUGAUGGUGCUGCCUGGGAGUGGGGUGGCUGCGGCGACAAUGUACGCUUCGGCUACGAGAAGUCGCAGCUCUUCAUGGACGCACGGCGCAAGCGGGGCAAGGCCGACAUCCGUGCCCUCGUGGACCUGCACAACAAUGAGGCCGGGCGCCUGGCGGUGCUGAAGUACACGCGCCUGGAGUGCAAGUGCCAUGGGCUUUCGGGUUCGUGUGCCCUCCGCACCUGCUGGAAGAAGAUGCCGCCCUUCCGGGAGGUGGGCGACCGCCUCCUCGAGCGCUUCAACGGCGCCGUGCGCGUGAUGGGCGCCAAUGAUGGGCGCACACUGCUGCCCCUGGGCGCCAGCAUCAAGCCGCCUGACGGGCAGGACCUGGUGUACUCGGCUGACUCGCCUGACUUCUGCCUGGCCAACCGCAAGACGGGCUCGCCAGGCACCCGUGGGCGCCUCUGCAACAGCACGGGGCUGGGCACGGGCGGCUGCGACCUGCUGUGCUGCGGCCGGGGGCACCGCGACGAGGCCGUGGUGCUGGAGGAGAACUGCCUGUGCCGCUUCCACUGGUGCUGUGUGGUGCAGUGCCGCAAGUGCGCCGUGCGCAAGGAGCUCAGCCUCUGCGCCUGACGCCCCAGGGACGCCACGACCCUCUGGGGAUGCUGCAACCCACAGGGGAUGCCGAGACCACCCAGGGACGCCAAGACCCAUUUGGGGAUGCCCAAACCCAACUGGGGGUGCCUGCCCAAGGACGCCGUGACCCACUUGGGGAUACCCAAACCCACCUGGGGACACCCAUCCAGGGAUGUCGCAGCCCACCUGGGGAUGUUGAGUCCCACCCGGGGAUACGACGACCCACCCAGGGACGCCCAAGACUGGACACUGGGAGCCAGGCUCUGCGCCCUGUGCCCAGGCUGGCACAGGGAUGGGGGUGCACAGACUCAGAGGGGUGCCAGGUUCCCCCCACCCCAAGGGCUCUGAUGGCAAGGGGGGGACCUGCUCAUUAGGCUAAUAAAGCUAUUUAAACACCA